AUGGCUUUAACAGCCAAGAAUAAGCUCAAAUUUGUCGAUGGAUCACUGAAGAAACCAUCUACUGAGCUUGAAGAUGAAUUUCACGCAUGGAAUCGCAGUAAUAAUAUGGUGUUAUCCUGGAUCUUGAAUUUUGUAUCCAAGGAUAUUGCGACAAGUGUGAUCUACAUCAAUUCGGCUGAACAAAUGUGGACCGAUUUAAAGGAUUGUUUUUCACAGAAGAACGGGCCUCGGAUUUUUCAAUUGCAGAAGGCAAUUUCUUCUCACUCGCAACAGAACCUCUUUGUCAGUGAGUAUUAUACUCAACUCGAGGGGCUUUGGGAUGAAUUGACCAAUUACAGGCCAAUUCCACAGUGUUCCUGUGAUACUCCGAAAAUUCUUGCUGAUCAUUAUCAUCAAGAUUACGUUUUUCAGUUCCUCAUAGAACUGAAUGACAGUUUUGCUCAAAUUCGAGGGAAAAUUCUCCUUAUUGAUCCAUUGCCGUCGAUCAAUAAGGUGUUUUCUCUAGUGAUUCAGGAGGAAAGGCAGCGCGUGAUUUCUGUUAAUCCUGUUCAAGUUGAAACUGUUGCACUACUGACGAAGACUGCUUCACAGUACCAGAAUCAGCCAAAUCGUACUGGCAAACCACCGUUUCGCAAAGAAAGACCUGUAUGUACUCAUUGUGGUUUACUCGGUCACACAACGGAGAAAUGUUACAAGCUCCAUGGUUAUCCCCCAGGGUACACAUUCAACAAGAACAAGCUGAAUUCUUCUUCAGCUAAUCAAGUUCAAGAAGCUGAUCAACCUUUCCAGGUUCCUCAGCUGUCUAUAUCUCAGGAGCAGAUUCAACAGCUACUGGCUCUAAUCAAGCCGUCCACUUCCAAUUUAGUUGCUGAAGUUUCAUCACCUUCAGCACAUCAAGUCGUCAACUCUCAGGACCAUUUGUUUUCUAAUAUGGGAGGUAAUGGUUCUCAUUCCAUUCCUUUUUCUUUUGCUUCUUUCCUUUCGAAAUUGAAGCAUUCUAUGGUUAAUUCUGUAAUUUCCUCUGCUUCUGUUUCUGUUUCUGUUUCUUUGGAUAUGAAGCAUUCCGUGUUUUCAACUUCACAUUUACCUCCGCAUAUUUCAUCUAUUAAUCUUCAUUCUUGGAUUAUCGAUACUGGUGCUACUGAUCAUAUUAUCAGUACAGUAUCAUUAUUCACUUCAAUUACUGCAACCAUUUCUUCUCGUGUGAAAUUACCAAAUGGCAAUUUUGCCAUGGUUACUCAUAUCGUUUCAUUUCGCUUUACAGAUGGUACCUGA